AUGGGAGAAGUUGAGGUUGAGGCAUUUCCAGAUCAUAAAUCUGAGCAAAAUGUUGAUGAAGCAGAAGAGGGUGAGGAUAAAAAAAUUGUGGAUACAACAAAUUCACUAAAGAAGAAGAAGAAGAAGAAGAUUGUUUCAGUUUUUGGGCUGUUUGCUGCAGCAGAUAUAAUUGACUACAUAUUGAUGUUGUUUGGAAGUGUGGGAGCUUGCAUACAUGGCGCAGCGCUUCCGCUUUUCUUCUUGUUAUUUGGUCGUUUGAUCGAUUCAUUAGGCCAUCUUUCUUCAAAUCCUCAUGGAAUGUCUGCUGAAGUGUCCAAGCAUGCACUGUACUUGGUUUAUGUUGGAGUAGUUAUUAUGAUGGCAGCAUGGAUCGGAGUUGCUUGCUGGGCACAAACUGGAGAAAGGCAAACUGCGCGGUUGCGUCUGAAGUAUCUGCAAUCGGUGCUGAACAAGAAUAUCAGCUUUUUCGAUACUGAAGCUAUGAACGAAAAUUUGACUUACCACAUCUCCAGUGAUGCCAUACUGGUGCAAGAUGCAAUAGGGGAUAAGAUUGGCCACACUUUACGUUAUCUGUCCCAGUUCUUCGCGGGAUUUGCCAUUGGAUUCGUUUCAGUAUGGCAGCUUACACUACUCACUUUAGCUGUUGUUCCACUGAUAGCGAUUGCUGGAGGAGCUUAUGCACUGAUCAUGUCCACCUUGUCUCAAAAGGGUGAGGCUGCUUAUGCUGAAGCUGGGAAGAUAGCAGAAGAGGUUAUUUCACAGGUUCGGACGGUAUACUCGUUCGUUGGAGAAGAAAAUGCAGCCAAAUCAUACUCCACAUCACUUCAGAAAGCCCUCACACUAGGAAAGCAAGGUGGGAUUGCAAAAGGAGUUGGUGUUGGCUUAACUUAUGGGCUUCUAUUAUGUGCUUGGGCAUUACUUCUUUGGUAUGCAAGUAUACUUGUCAGGCAUCGAGAUACAAAUGGCGGGAAAGCAUUCACAACAGUUUUCAAUGUGAUCUUUAGUGGAUUUGCUCUUGGUCAGGCUGCUCCAAACCUUGCAUGCAUUUCCAAAGGGCGCGCGGCUGCAACAAACAUCUUAAGCAUGAUUCGUGAAGAUGAUGACAAUUUCCACCAGCCUAAAAGGUCAGAUGAUGGUCAAACGUUGCAAAAAGUUGAAGGAGAAAUCGAGUUUUCUGAAGUCUAUUUUUGUUACCCAUCUCGACGAAAUAAUAUGAUCUUUGAAAAUCUGAGCUUUUCAGUAUCUGCUGGAAAAACGUUUGCAGUUGUUGGUCCCAGUGGUUCAGGAAAAAGCACAAUUAUUUCCCUGGUCCAACGUUUUUACGAGCCUAGCUCAGGACGAAUAUUGUUGGAUGGGCAUGACCUGAAGGAUCUCAGGUUAAGUUGGCUGAGAGAACAGAUGGGGUUGGUUAGUCAAGAACCAGCAUUAUUUGGCACAACUAUAGCUGAUAACAUCUUGUUUGGAAAAGAAGGUGCCAGUAUGGAUGAAAUAGUUAAAGCAGCCAUCGCUGCGAAUGCACAUUCUUUUAUUGAAGGCCUGCCAGAUGGUUACUAUACUCAGGUAGGGGAAGCUGGUACUCAGUUAUCUGGAGGACAAAAACAAAGGAUUGCAAUUGCAAGAGCCGUGCUGAGAAAUCCGAAAAUACUGCUCCUUGAUGAGGCAACAAGUGCACUUGAUGCAGAAUCUGAGCUCAUUGUUCAGCGGGCAUUAGAUAAAGUCAUGUCUAAUAGGACAACAAUUAUGGUUGCUCACAGACUAUCUACAAUUCGAAAUGCCGAUGUCAUAGUUGUGCUACAAAAUGGUCAAGUUGCAGAGAUGGGUUCACACCAAGAGCUGAUGUCCAUUGGCGGAAGCUAUGCAUCCCUAGUGAGCUUGCAGGUUUCAGAAAGUUCAGAAAAUGCAGAACUGGAAAAUGGCAAAAAUCCCUCAGCUGCUUCGAGUUUCCGGGAGCAGCAAAAUGAUCCUGAUCUGAACAGUAAAAUAGGAGAAGAGUCUUUACAGUCAAAUAGCGAAAAAGGCAAGAAUGUAACACCGUCAAUGUCGGAAUUGAUCAAACUAAAUGCACCAGAAUGGCCAUUUGCUGUACUUGGAUCAAUGGGUGCCAUACUUGCGGGAAUGGAAGCACCCCUUUUUGCACUUGGAAUAACGCAUGUUUUGACUGCUUUCUAUGCUCAAGAUGAUGUCCAAAUUAAGAAAGAAGUUCGCCGAGUUUCACUCAUUUUUGUUGGAGUAGCUGCUCUAAACAUUCCAAUUUAUCUCCUACAACAUUAUUUCUACACUUUGAUGGGCGAGCGACUCACUUCUCGAGUUCGCCUGCGAAUGUUCUCAGCUAUCCUUACCAAUGAGAUUGGCUGGUUUGAUAUGGAUGAGAACAGCACUGGCUCACUGAUGUCGAAGUUAGCAGCGGAUGCAACAUUGGUACGGAGUGCUUUAGCUGAUCGACUAUCAACCAUCAUCCAAAAUGUUGCACUUGCUGUGACUGCAUUUGUCAUUGCAUUCACUCUCAGUUGGCGCAUUGCAGCUGUUGUCUUAGCCACUUUUCCUCUACUUAUUGGAGCAUCCCUUGCUGAGCAACAAUUUUUGAAAGGAUUUGGAGGCCAGUACAGUGCUGCUUAUUAUCGAGCUACAUCUUUGGCGCGUGAAGCCAUUGCGAACAUACGUACUGUUGCUGCAUUUGGUGCUGAAGAGAGAAUAUCAAUCCAGUUCAUACAUGAACUUGAGAAACCCAACAAACAAGCAGUCUUAAGAGGGCACAUCUCAGGUUUUAGUUAUGGUUUUUCUCAGCUCUUAGCAUUUUGCUCUUAUGCACUUGGCCUCUGGUAUGCAUCUGUUCUAAUCAAGCAAAAGGCCUCAAAUUUUGGAGACAUAAUCAAGUCGUUCAUGGUUUUAAUUAUCACUGCAUUUUCAGUGGCUGAAACACUAGCCCUGGCUCCUGAUAUUGCAAAGGGAUCACAAGCAUUAGGUUCUGUCUUUGAGAUAAUUAACAGAAAAACAGCCAUAAACUCUGAUGAUCAAACAGCUAGAAUGGCGGAUAAAAUUAAAGGGGAUGUCGAAUUCAGGAAUGAUUAUGUACCCACUGUGUUCGACAAUUUUAGCGCAAAUGUGGCUGUGGAUGGAAGCAUAGUCAACCUAGGUUUAUGGGAUACUGCUGACCAUUGUUCUUUUAGGAAUGCAUUCGACUUCUACCUGGAAUCAGCUUUUAUAUCUUACAGGUAUGUAAAACAUCGAUCCCUGAUGACAUUACUCUUAUUAUGUGGACUCGACUAUGAGGCUUAUAUGGCUGUCAUCAAACCCUAUCAAAGGCAUUACAAGUGCUUGUAUCGAGCAAUAUUUGCUUCCUCAUACCUGUCAUUGGCACUGCAGAAUGUAAAAGCUGUUUUUGAUGCUGCAAUUAAGCUAGUACUCCAGCCACCAAAACAAAGGAAGCAAAGAAAGACGCAGAGGGCAUGUUCCAUCCUGUAA